UUAAAAUUAAAAUAUAAAAAUAAAUAUCGACAUCAUAUUGAAAGAAUAACACUGACAAUAUGGUGAAACCAAAAAAUGCGAAGAACGAAGAUAAUUACUUUCGUAAUAAUAAAAAUAAAAAUUCUACAUUAGAUUGCAACAUAGUAAUAAUUUCAAGUGAUGAAGAGGAAGAUAUAAAACCUUUUUCUAGUUUAUUAAAUAUAGAAGCUGAAAAAGACUUAUUGAAAGAGUGCAAAAAUAAUCAAGAUAAUAUGUUAAAUAUUUCUAAUAAUUCCAAUAAUAUUAAAAGUGAAAAUCAUCCAAUCAACAAUGGAGAACAAAGAAAAAUUGCACAAAUUGUUCCAUUAACUAAUGAUUCAACAAUUACACAAAAUCAAAAUAUUAAAAAUGUGAAUAAAAAAGCAAGAAUUGAUCAUUACAAUAGUAAUUAUCAAGGUGUGAACAUUUCAUUAGAUACAAUUAAUCCAAAAGUCAAGAAAGAGAAUGUUAAUGUUACGAAAACAUCUGCAAACAUUGGCGGUGAAAGCCUAGGUGCAGAUUUAAAAAAAGAAUUUGUAUUGCAUGAGGAAGAAUUAAAUCAGACUGAACAGAUAAAAAAUGAAUAUGAUGAAUCAGAUUCUACAAUAGAAUGGUACAGAGACUUAUAUUCAAGUGAUGAGGAUGAAGAGGAAGAUAUAAAACCUAAUAUUCCUCUUUCUCAUUUACUAAAAAUGGAACUUGAAAAAGACUUGUUCAAAGAGUUAAGAUUCGGUUAACACGCUCACCGCAACGGCAUAAUUUAAUUAACAUAUUAUUAUUAGUAUUAGUAGUAGUAGUAGUAGUAGUAGUAGUAGUAGUCUUUAAAUUAUUUAAUUUACAAGUUUUAAGAGACGAGGUUUUGAUAGAUUUAAAUAGUUUUACAUAUUUAACUAUUAUUUUUUUAACAGUUUGUU